AUGGCUAUUAUGGAGACCAAAGCACCAUCAACCAAGAAAGAAUUGCAAUCAUUAUUAGGAAAGAUAAACUUCCUGAGAAGAUUCAUCUCGAAUUUAAGUGGUCAAACUCAAGCCUUCUCUCCCCUUCUGCGCCUGAAACAAGGGAAGUUUGAAUGGAACGAUGAACACCAAAAGGCAUUCGACAAGAUCAAGCAUUAUAUGACGAAUCCUCCUAUCUUGGCACCACCAUGUGGGAAAAAGGCUAUGAGACUGUUACUCAAAAAAUUCGAAUACGUCGACAUAAAACAUGUCCCUAGAAUAAAAAACCAAGAGGCUAAUGACUUAGCACAAAUAGCCUCAGGGUAUAGAAUUUCAAAAGAAAAGCUAGAAGAACUUGUCGAAGUAAGAGGAAAGGCAAUGGCUACUAGAUUAUCUCCGACAGAUUUGGAAAGCACCCAGUUAGGAUAUGCUAACAAAGAGGAGUUCGAAGUUUUGGCCAUUGAUACCUUGAUAGAUACAGAUUGGAGGAAUCCAAUUAUUAAUUAUCUCAAGGACCCUUCGACAGACACAGAAAGAAAAACCAAGUACAGGGCUUUAUCUUAUGUAUUGAUAGGGAAUGAGUUAUUCAAGAAAACCCUUGAAGGGAUCUUGUUGAAAUGCUUAGGAGAAAGCGAAGCUUACUUGGCAUUAUCUAGUGUACAUAGUGGAGCUUGUGGAGCACAUCAGGCAGGCCAUAAGAUGAAAUGGUUGCUUUUCAGAUAUGGAAUGUAUUGGCCCACCAUGUUAAAAUAUUGUAUAGAGUUUUCUAAGGGUUGCCAAGAAUGUCAAAUACAUGCAGGAAUUCAACAUGCUCCUGCAAGUGAACUUCAUACAAUUAUUAAGCCCUGGCCCUUCAGAGGUUGGGCAUUAGAUCUAAUUGGGAAAAUUAGACACAAUUCAUCCAAAGGUCAAAGAUACAUACUUGUAGGAAUUGACUAUUUCACUAAAUGGGUUAAAGCGGUACCUUUAGUAAAUGUGGAUCAAGAAACUGUCAUCGAAUUCAUUCAAAGGCAAAUUUUAUACAGAUUUGGAAUCCCAGAAAGGAAAAAGCAAAAAAAUUGGCACAAAACUUUAGACCAAGCACUCUGGGCUUGUCGAACCUCCCCUAAAGAAGCCACUAACACUACACCUUUCCAGCUUACAUUUGGACAUGAUGUAGUACUACCUGUCGAAAUCUACCUACAAUCAGUAAGAAUCCAAAGACAAGGAGAAAUUCCAUCUGACUUAUACUGGGAAAUGAUGAUAAAUGAGUUGGUGGAUUUCGACGAAGAAAGGUUACAGGCGUUAGAAGUAUUAAGAAGACAGGAUGAGAGGGUAGCAAGGGCAUACAAUAAGAGGGUCAAAGGUAAAACCUUUACUAUGAAUGAUUUAGUAUGGAAAGUCAUAUUGCCUAUGGAUCGAAAGAAUAAGGCAUUAGGAAAAUGGUCUCCACACUGA